CACAGCCCAAAUUUGUGGCGGGUUUCCAGAUAAGCCUUCUUUUCCAGGCCGAAAAGAACCAAAAAAAGAAGGUGAAAAGCUCGGUCGCCAAUGGCCGCGACUGCUGCUUCUCCAGCUUAUUCCUGCGUAAUUAUUCUAUCGAAGAAAAGCCUCUCUUCUCCUUUUUUGCUUUCGAGAACUAUUACUUCUGUUCCCACUCCCCAGUUCCAUGGCAGAAGGACGCCACCUUUCCGUUCUUCCUCCUCUUUGGAAAGGAGGAGGUGGGUAGGUGGAGCGAUUCCUCGCAGUCGCCGGCGAAGCGUGGUCUGUUCUUCUUCCUCUUCUUCUUCUUCGACUCCGCUGCUUCCGGCAGCUCUGCUCUUCGACUGCGAUGGCGUGCUCGUUGACACGGAGAAAGACGGCCACCGGAUUUCCUUUAACGAGACCUUUGCCGAGAAGGAAUUGGGUGUUAGCUGGGAUGUGGAGCUAUAUGGUGAAUUGCUCAAGAUCGGUGGUGGAAAGGAGAGAAUGACAGCAUAUUUCAACAAGGUGGGUUGGCCGGAUAAAGCACCAAAGUCUGAAGAAGAAAGAAAAGAUUUUAUAGCUUCUCUUCACAAAAGGAAAACAGAAUUGUUCAUGGCCCUUAUUGAGAAGAAGCUGCUUCCUCUCCGACCUGGUGUUGCAAGGCUGAUUGAUGAGGCUCUGGCAAAAGGGGUGAAAGUUGCCGUGUGCAGCACUUCUAAUGAGAAGGCGGUUGCAGCUAUAGUUUCCUUCCUGUUAGGCCCUGAACGAACAGAGAAGAUAACAAUAUUUGCAGGAGACGUGGUUCCUCGUAAAAAGCCUGAUCCGGCCAUCUAUCUACUAGCAGCUGAUACUCUUGGUGUUGAGCCAUCUUGUUGUGUUGUGGUAGAGGACAGUGCCAUAGGUCUUGCCGCAGCAAAAGCUGCUGGCAUGAAGUGCAUAGUAACAAAAAGCGGUUACACUGCCGAGGAGGACUUUGUGACAGCAGAUGCAGUAUUUGAUUGUAUUGGAGACCCUCCUGAGGUUCGGUUCGACUUGACGUUUUGUGCUAACCUCCUCCAAAAAACAAUAUGUCAGCUCAUAGUUGUAAAUCUCCCAGGCUUGUUCUGCCAACCAUGUUACCCGGUUUUUGCAUGACAUAGUGAAGAUAGAAAUGAAAAUUGGCAACAUGCUUGGUGUAAUUAGUGUUGUAUCAAAUCCAAAGAAAUAUUGGAAAGAUUGAUUUCCUGUUGGUAACAUAAAUGCUUCACUGUGAGAUUGCAGGCAUGCCAAUAUGUUCUCAAUGACAUUUUCUUUUUUUAACUAUAAAUGGUCCAUUUUUGUGAA